CUUGCGGCUCACUGAUCAGUGCGAGAUGCCUGCCCAACCACCAGUAGCUUAUGCUACCCUAUGUCAUCAGCUACCUUCAAAGCAGUACAUCCUCGGAAUCACCCCUUCUUCCGCUUCGCCUCACCUUAUCCUUCGGCACCCGACACCCGAAUUGACCAUUGCCGAUAAUCAAAGCUUGCAGCCUGUCGACGUGCUCAAGGGCGGACACAAAGGCAAUGUGACUAGCGUGUGCAGUGAUGGAGGUGCUCUUUGGAGUUCUGCGAAGGACGGCUCGGUCGUCAGGUGGGAUGAGAGGAGCCGACAACCUGGGAGCACUAUCAAAGCGUUCCUGAGGGCACCUCUGCCCAUUACUGCCCUCGCGGUCUCCGAACGGGGCCACCUAGUGAUAGCUGGCACUGAACUGCUGUCCGCUGAGGCUCAUAUAGUGUUUUGGGAUACUAGAAAUACCAAAGACGCAUUAUACAGGCACUCUUCGACUCAUUCCGACGACAUCACCCACCUGUCACUCUUACCAUCUACAUCGACAUAUCUCGCUUCCUCAGGCUCAUCACCGAGCCCACUCCUUCUCUCCGCCUCGACGGAUGGUCUCGUAGCAUUGUCCAACGUCAAAGAGAGCGACGAGGAUGAAGCGGUAGUAGCUGAGGAGAAUUGGGGUCAGAGCAUAGCGGCUGCGGGUGCAUAUCCUGUACAUGGCAGCAAGUCUAUGGGAGUAUGGGCAAGAAGCGACAUGGAUGGCAUCUCAACGUGGCAGAUCGGGAUUGGCGAGGAAGGCGAGGUUGAGCUGCAAAACCACCUCGAAUACCCUAUGGAAUCUCUCAAAUUUCAAAAGUAUCCCUUGCCAAGAGAUGGCCCAUCAAUCACUCAAACCGCAGAGGCAGAAUCGUCUCAGAAAUCUAAGCAGGUCGUAUCGGACUACAUAGUGGACGCUAUACCAUCCCUUGGAUUGAGCAAGAAUAGGACUCCGAUGCUGGCGGUCGGAAGUAACGAGGGAGAUAUUGUCCUGUUACACGGUUCCGGCAGUUCGAGCUCAUUCGCUCCUUCAGCCUACUUCCUCUCUGGACCGAAAUCAAGGGGUCACAAAGACGUCGUACGGUGUAUAUAUCACGACGUGGAGAACGAAGCUUUAUAUUCCGGUUCGGAAGAUGGAGUGCUAUCCGGAUGGUCCUUGGCUUCACUCCCUCAGCGACUAAUGGUAGGAGACCCCUCGAUAGACGAUGAUGGAGGAGAUGGUCGAGAAGAUGUGCAGAACGAAGAUGAAGAGAGUGAAAUCGAAACCGAAGAAGAAGAAGAAGAAGAUGAUGAUGACAGUGGGAUGGACGUGGACGAUAGCGAAGAGAGUGAGGAGGGACCGAGGCACGGACCAGUGCUUGGAGGGGGAGGUGGCGGUAAAGAUGUCGGUCGCAAACAGAGUAGAUCAAAGAAGCGGAGUCAUCCUUAUCGUUAG